CAAGAAAUCUCCCAAGACGAAGAAGAAAAGCUCAAUUUUCCUGAAUUCGCAGCUGAUUUCCUCAUAACAAUUUCUAGAAUUAUUUCUCUGCAUCUGCAACUCAACUCUCCUUCGAUAAAUCAGUGAAGGGAACCAUGAUGAAGAUCGAUUUCAGUGGGCUUGAUCCCUCCUUGCCGGUUAAGGGAAAUGCGGAGGAUUUGGAAGACGAGAUUUUGGCUGUGCCAUCGUUUAAACUUCCCGUCACUGUUGAUUUUGAUGGAUUUCAGAAAGCAGCAGUACAGAUGGUGAAGCCGGCAAAGGGAACGACAACUCUGGCUUUUAUAUUCAAAGACGGUGUCAUGGUUGCUGCUGAUUCCCGUGCGAGCAUGGGAGGAUAUAUUUCUUCACAAUCUGUUAAGAAAAUCAUUGAAAUCAAUCCCUACAUGCUUGGGACAAUGGCUGGAGGAGCUGCUGACUGCCAGUUCUGGCACAGAAAUCUCGGAAUCAAGUGCCGCUUACAUGAACUGGCAAAUAAGAGAAGAAUCUCUGUUGCUGGAGCUUCAAAAUUGUUGGCGAAUAUCUUGUAUUCCUAUCGAGGAAUGGGUUUGUCUGUUGGAACUAUGAUAGCUGGAUGGGAUGAAAACGGCCCUGGCCUCUAUUAUGUUGACAGUGAAGGUGGUCGGCUUAAAGGCACCAGAUUUUCGGUUGGUUCUGGUUCUCCAUAUGCUUAUGGUGUUUUGGACAGUGGUUACUGCUUUGAUUUGUCUGUUGAGGAGGCUGCAGAGCUGGCUAGAAGAGCAAUCUAUCAUGCUACGUUCCGUGACGGAGCCAGUGGUGGUGUUGCCAGUGUAUACCAUGUUGGCCCAAGUGGAUGGAAAAAGCUCUCUGGUGAUGAUGUCGGGGAGAUGCACUAUUCAUACUAUCCCGUUGAGCCCACCACGGUGGAGCAGGAGAUGGCUGAUGUACCAAUUGCAUGAGGGAGAGACAGGAGGAGUUAGUAUCUUUAGCUGGCAUUCCUCAUUUUCUUCUAUAACUCCUGUGUUAACUUACAAAAAUUCUCUGCAUAUGAAACUUAAAUCUGUUUGUUAUGCUUGUUGCGCUUAAUUUUGGAAAUUGAUCAUGUUAUUCUUCAUUUUUCGAAUGACUA